AUGUCGUCGCCUCAGAAAGAAAAUGAGAACAUCCCCAAGCAGGAUGAAGCGGAGCAGAAGCCUGAGCAGCAACCACAAGAGACCACUCCCGAAAAUGAGGGCGGUGAGGAAGCCGAGGCUAGCACCGCAGAUAUCCCUAAGGAUAACAAGGACGAGAAGCGUAAGCAGCAGCAACAGCCGGAGCAAGAUGAGGAAGGGGAAGACAACUACGAGGAGGAGGACCCCGAAGUCGAAGACCAGCAAGUACUAGACGAAGAUUACGAGUCGGGUGAGGAGGAAGAAGAGCCACAACAAGAAGAAGAAGAGGAAGAAGAGGACGAUGACCCCAGCCCCGUUCUGUCUCAGCCCGCGACCCCCCAAGAGGACGAGAAGCCACAGCCAAAGUGGGCGGGGAAGCAAAAGAAGCAAAAUGCCCAGAACCAACAGCUCGACCGCCGCCGCCGCCGCAACCGUCGCCACCGCUACACCAGCGACUCGGAAGAGGACGAGGACUACGACGACGAGAUCGCCUACCAGCGCCAGCAGCGCGAGCAGCAGCAGUUGCAGAUGCAGCAGCAACAACAGCAACAGCAGCAGGUGCAACAACAGGGCGGCGGUGAUGGAGGCGGCAAGAACCCCCUUAAGCUGCGCCUGGAUCUCAACUUGGAGAUUGAGAUUGAGCUCAAGGCACAUAUCCAUGGUGACUUGACGUUGGCUUUGCUGUACGUACUUUUCUUUUACUCUAACCUUCAGAGCUCUCUUCACCAUCCCCCACAGACACCCAACACCUUCACAUAUGUCCACUGCCCCAUGAUCACCGCCUUUCUCGUCUUGCCAGCGCAAGCGUAA